UUCCAUGUUCUGUGUCCUGUGGGAGACCAGAGAUAGUGAAUGCAGGGUCCGGGGAGACCAGAUAUAGUGAAUGCAGGGCCCAGGGAGACCUGAUAUAGUGAAUGCAGGGUCCGGGGAGACCGGAUAUAGUGAAUUCAGGGUCCGGGGAGACCGGAUAUAGUGAAUGCAGGGUCCGGGGAGACCAGAUAUAGUGAAUUCAGGGUCCGGGGAGACCGGAUAUAGUGAAUGCAGGGGUCCGGGGAGACCAGAUAUAGUGAAUGCAGGGUCCGGGGAGACCAGAUAUAGUGAAUGCAGGGUCCGGGGAGACCGGAUAUAGUGAAUGCAGGGUCCGGGGAGA